GAAAGGAGAACGAUUCGACGAUUCAACUCGAGAAACGUCACAAAAAAUACCUAAACAAGAGGCUGCUGUUUUGUUAGAAAUUAUAUUAUUAAAAAAUUCACAGAAAAAAGGCGACAAAAGCCUUAAAUUAGUUCAUUGCGAAUCUACCUUCAAAUUACUACAAGAUGGUGCUCGAAAGUACUAUGAUUUGUGUCGACAACAGUGACUACAUGCGAAAUGGGGACUUUUUGCCUACAAGACUCCAAGCACAACAGGAUGCUGUUAACUUAGUUUGUCACUCAAAAACAAGAUCUAAUCCAGAGAACAAUGUUGGACUACUCACUCUGGCAAAGGUUGAAGUCCUAGCUACUCUUACAAGUGAUGUAGGUCGAAUUUUAUCAAAACUUCAUCAAGUCCAACCAAAUGGAGACAUAAAUUUGCAUACUGGAAUAAGAAUUGCUCAUUUGGCAUUAAAGCAUCGUCAAGGCAAGAACCAUAAAAUGAGAAUUGUGGCGUUUGUUGGAAGUCCAGUGAUUAGUGAGGAAAAGGAACUUGUGAAACUUGCUAAAAAAUUGAAAAAGGAAAAAGUUAAUGUGGAUAUAGUUAGUUUUGGGGAAGACGAUGAUAAUUCCGAUGUGCUCACUACUUUUAUUAGCACUAUAAAUGGAAAGGAUGGCAGCAGCAGCCACUUAGUAACUGUCCCCCCAGGGCCCCAUCUAUCUGACGCAUUAAUUUCUUCCCCCGUUAUUCAAGGGGAAGAUGGAGCUGGUGCAGCAGGCCUUGGCGGCACCUAUGAGUUUGGUGUUGAUCCCAAUGAAGACCCAGAAUUGGCUUUGGCUUUGCGUGUUUCGAUGGAAGAACAACGCCAGCGUCAAGAAGAUGAAGCUAGAAGAGCUAGAGAAGCUGCAGGUGAAGUCGAUUCCACUGCUAAAACGGAGACAAUAAAAGAAGAGCCCAGUGAUGAAGCUAUGUUAGAAAAAGCAUUAGCCAUGUCAAUGGAAGAGGGAGCUUCCACCACUACUACUCCUGCUGCUACUACCACCACUAGAAUGCCAGUCGAUUUUGCCAAUAUGUCUGAAGACGAGCAAAUUGCUUUUGCAAUGCAAAUGUCCAUGCAAGAUGCACAAGAAUCCAUUCCCACUAAGGAAGAACCAAUGGAAGUAGAGAACGACGACGAUGAAGACUAUUCAACUGUCAUGAAUGAUCCAACAUUUUUGCAAAGUGUUCUGGAAAGUUUACCUGGGGUUGAUCCUCAAUCUGAAGCUGUUCGUCAAGCUGUUGGAAACUUAAAGGAAAAGAAAAAAGACGAAAAGUCCGAUGAUAAGGAGAAAAAGUAAAUUAAAAAAUUACUUAGAAUGUCGUUAUUAUACCCGAUUAUGGAAAUUUUUCUAUUACAAUUUAAUGAUUAUGCUUAAUAUUGAAGAAUAUACAGAACAAGAUUUCUUGGAACUAUAUUAAAGGUUUCUUUACCUUUUAAAUAUUUUCAGGUUAAUUUUGCUCUCUUUAUGUAUCUCUUUAGGUUUGAUUUCAAAUUAAAGAAAUAAUGUAA